AUGUUAUCCGAGGGUUUUGCCCCGGCGCCUGAGCGCAACCCUCACCUUUAUGGACCCAGGGCGAGACAGAACAGGGCAAAAUGCUCACAGCUGGCCGCCGAUUUCUUCAGGGACAGUGUAAAGAGGGCUCGCGAGCGGAACCUGCGACAGAAUGAGUUGGAGCAACGCUUGAGGGACCCAAGAUGCAGCCAGGAAACCUCGUGGACCAACGCAGGUAGGCAGGAGGCCAAGUAUCUGCGAUUUCUUAGGACCCGCAACAAGGCCGACGACUAUGAGACCAUCAAACUCAUCGGAAAGGGCGCCUUUGGUGAGGUCAAGCUGGUUCGCAAGAAGACGGACGGCAAGAUCUAUGCGCUGAAAUCGUUGGUUAAGACGCAGAUGGUCGCUGGAGACCAGGUCGCUCGGGUGCGAGCCGAAAGGGACAUACUCGCAGAGUCCGAUAGCCCAUGGGUCGUCAAACUGUACACGACAUUUCAGGAUACCAAAUUCCUGUACAUGUUGAUGGAGUUUCUGCAAGGAGGGGACCUGAUGACCAUGUUGAUCAAGUACGACAUAUUCAGCGAGGACAUCACACGGUUCUACGUGGCUGAGAUGAUUAUGGCUAUCGAGGCCGUCCACAAACUCGAAUUCAUACACAGAGAUAUCAAACCAGACAAUAUCCUGCUGGAUCGAGGCGGCCACGUCAAGCUCACGGAUUUCGGCCUCUCAACCGGCUUCCGGAAGUUGCAUGAUAACAACUACUACCAUCAACUCUUGAACGGUGGCGCGGAUGGUCCGUCGCGAAACUCUCAGAACUUUAAUCGAUACUCCGUCAACAUCGACCAGAUCAGCCUGACUGUUAGCAACCGCGCACAAAUCAACGAGUGGCGAAAGUCGCGUCGACUGAUGGCUUAUUCCGCUGUUGGCACACCCGACUACAUAGCACCUGAGAUCCUGACAGGUAAUGGAUACUCGUUUGACUGUGAUUGGUGGUCGCUCGGGACAAUUAUGUUCGAGUGUCUCGUCGGCUGGCCCCCCUUUUGCGCGGAGGACCGGCGAGACGUUUAUCGGAAGAUAGUAAAUUGGCAGCACUGCCUCUAUUUCCCGGACGACGUUCGGGUAGGCCACUACGCCGAGCACCUCAUCCGAAGCCUCGUCUGCAACAGCGAGAACCGCCUCGGCCGCAGCGGGGCCCACGAGCUGAAAGGCCACCCGUUCUUCGCGGGCGUCGACUUUGACAACCUCCGCCGCUUCCGCGCCCCCUUCGAGCCGCGACUGUCGUCAGACAUCGACACCGCCUACUUCCCCACCGAGGACCUGGAGCAGCAGGCCGCCAACGCGAUGGAGAUUGACGGCGGGCUUGAAGCCGCCGCAGCACCCGAGCAGCAGGAGACGCCAGAGAUGACACUGCCUUUCAUAGGGUACACCUUUAAGCGCUUUGAGAAUAACUUCCGGUAA